AUGCUUAUAAUCGUUGGUAUUAUUACUUUUCUAUUCUCGAUUAUUUGUGCAAAACUACCAUUAGUCUUGCCAAAACAAAACUCAAUAAUAAACUUUGAUGAUAUAAUAAAUUCAACGAGCACAGAAGGCGUGGCAAUACCAUUCAACUAUGGUGGUUUAAGUUGGCAAAAUGUUUUGGUUUUAAAUGGUGUCGACUAUGACAUUCCCAAUGCUGGAUUUAUCACGGGCGUUGUUAGUCCUAAAUAUGUUGCUUUUAAUGGAUACGGUAAUCCAAUGUCUAUUUCAAGUGCGUCUGGCAGUUUAUUUACAAUAAAUUCGUUUUAUUCAUGUGCUGCUUGGAAUGAUAACAUCUCCGUAGAGAUAGUUGGAAAAAGAUCAGGUGAUGUCUUGUAUCGGAAAACAGUAGCAUUAUUAAUACAUACGAGAAUCUUUGUUGAGCUCAAUUGGUCUGGCAUCGAUAGUAUAUAUUUUAAUUCUACUUGUAAGAAUUAUUGCGAUGCCACACAUUUUACAAUCGAUAAUUUGAAUGUUAUACUUUAA